AUGUUCUCAAUAUUUGGUUUAUUACUUUUACUUUAUAAUUCUCUCGGUCAACAUCAAGGGGUUGAAAAAGCUUUGCGUAAAUUAAAAGAGUCUGUUGAUAGAUUUGAAUUUAAUUUCCAUAAAGCUGUUUUGGAAGAAUAUGGACAAAUUGGAAUGGUUAAAUCUGCAUUGGAGGAACGUGCAGAAAGGCAUUUUAAUUUACUUGACCAAACAAAUAUUGACUUUCCUGCAGCGGUAAUACAAACAGAAAAAAGAAUUGAAAACUUUUUUGCAUCAAAAGUAGGGGCAUUGAAAAGGCUUGCAUUGGCAGCGGAGAAAGAAGCUUUAAAAGUUAAUAUUGAUGAGGAGUUACCAAUAAGUCUUACAGACAAAGAAUGUUCUCGUAAUUUGAGACAAUUAAAUAAAAAUUCUGUUAAAAAUUCACAAAUAUGGGAAAGAAUAAAUAAAGGAGAAUUACAACAACGUUCUGGUGUUCAUGUAGCUAUAGAAUCUUAUAAAUGUAGUGGGGAAGUAGUUAGAGAUUUAAAUUGGACAGGACAGCAACAAUUAGAAAGGCAAAUGAUUGAAAAUAUAAAACUAGAUUCUUCUAUAAUGAGGCAAUAUAUUGGGACUUAUAGUGGAUUAACACGUAUAUUCCCAGGCAAGUUUUUUUUUUUCAAAAAUAUUUUCUGA